AUGGUACUACAGUAUGAUGAGAGCGUUCGCAACCUGCUGUAUCGGAGAUCAUGCCAAUACACGCAGGGCGUGCGCUCUGGAGGCCACGUCGAAGAGGCCGCCGACCUCGUCGAGAUGAUAAAGAGCUUCGCGAAGCGAUAUCCUGGUAGUACGGCGAGACGCGACCUGUUUGAAGACUCUCUGAGCGAAUGGAGCUCAGAGUCGCGGGUUAAGGGUUUCGGGUUUAUGGGUUUAGGGUUUAGGCUGGUCAGCGUCGAGGUCGAGGAGGAUCGUGACACGCUCAGCUGGGAUGGGAGCCUGAUAGCUCUCUCCCUGGCGACCAAGGCAGAGUGCUCGACGCUUGAUGGACGACAUGCCCUUCUACUUGGAAGGGAUCCUGGAAGUCAAGCUCGAAGCGGUGGCCCUAGUUUUAAGCUCAACCCUCAGCAUGAGGAGGAGAGCAGCCCGAGCAGCGAGGAGCAAGCCCAAGAGCCCCAAGGGCAGCAGCAAGAGGCUGGAUGGCUGAAGCUCAGCGACAUCGACAGGAUCACCAUGGAAGCAGCGUCACCGUCAGGGCCAGUCGAUCAACAGACAUCAGAGGAGGAGCUGCUAGCUGGCAAGCCGAUCUCUCUGGAGCUAGACAAGAGUGUUGGCAAGCUGCAUGACACCUUCUGCUCGCCGGGCAACGUGGAGUUCAUGACGCUCGGAGCUUGGGCAGCCACGCCGACGCUGGGAUCGAAGCGAAACAUGUUGAAAGAAAAGCUCAGAGCGUACCUCGGCGAGCAGCGCUGGACACGGGUGCAAGGGAACAAGGCAGCGAGGAGGGGCAGCGCCUUCUCUCCAAGGGCAGCAGCGACUGAUGCACUCGAGCAGGAGGCCGAGAGCGAUGACAUCGAGAGUCGAUCUGUAAGCCUCUUGUUUCUUGCGAUCAGUAAAUUUGCUGAGCACCAUGGGUUGAGCUGCACGGGCAAGGUCGACAAGCAAGACCGACUGCGGCUGAUGAUGAGGGAGGAAGUCGACAUGGAGGCUGAGGAGGGCGAGGGCGUGGAGGAGGAGGCCGGCGCCGGCCUUUCUCGCGCUUGA